UUCAACCUCUGGGAGAAUUUGAGAAUCUUAAAAGGCCAUCUCUAAGCAUCUCAUAGUUCUAAUUGAAUGGCGUACUCAAACGCCUACGCACCUUCGGCACCGGAGCUACCAGAAUCGUACGUUCAUCAGCAACACGACGGUGAAAACAGAUACCGUUACGCGUAUCAACCAACUCAACAGUUCACCUCCUCCUCCUCCCCCGGGUCCGGGAUGUUUUCGUCGGAAACGCAUCCGGAUAUUGUGAGGAGCUUUGAAUCGGCGGAUAGAGAUCGGAGCGGAUUCCUCGAGGAGUCGGAGCUCCGGCAAGCGUUGUUGUGUUCUGGCUACCAAGGGAUUAGUAACAGAACGAUUAGGUUUCUUAUGUUCAUCUAUAAGAGUCCUGGAGAUUCUCUGCUUCGUCUUGGUAAAAAUUUAUUUUUAGUUUUUAAUGGCUUUUGUUUGUAUGAUUGAAGUUUUUUUUUUAAAUUGGUGUUACAUUCAAAUAAGAGUGUGAAAUGAGUCACUCUUUCUUUGGUGGUGGUACUGGUACAAAGUGUUACAUGAUUCGAGAGAUUAGAUUCA